UUCAGUUGGUCUGCAACCUCUGAUGUCGCAGUAUCAUUAUUUCAUAUUGAUAGUAGCCUCUCUGUUCGUAGAAGAAAACUUCCUUGCAAGGAAGUGUGUUUUUCCUUAACAUGCUUGUGAUGUGAUUGUUAGAAAUCUUUUCGAAAAUAUAUAACGUCGAUUGUAUCAAUCAGUGUGAAUCGAGAUACAUUUAUAACAAUGGAUAAACUAUUAAAUGUAUUUUGUGUGCUUUUCUGUCUAUUCCGCUUUCAAGUCUGCGAAAGUGUUGCAAUUACUAAUCGAGGAUACGUAUUUACUGCACCAAAACGGUUCUUAGCCGGCGAAAUCGAGAGUAGCUGUUUAUCGCUACACAAUCUCGAGCCGCCGGCGCAUGUUUUUCUGGAGCUACUGUAUCCAUCGUCACCGGACACAAACGCAGAAGACGAAGUACUCGCUAAAACAAGCAGCGUCAUUUACACAGGAAUAGAAACAUGUCUGGACCUUGCGGUACCCUUUACGGAGCAUUAUAUUUGUCGAUUGCGAUUGAAAAUCAAGUUCGAUAAAUAUCCCGAUUAUGUUGUGGAGACGGAAAAAGCAGUCUACAUCGAGCAAGAUCCGAUAAUCACAUUUGUGGAGACGGACAAGCCGGUUUACAAACCAGGGCAAGAUGUGAACAUUAGAAUCCUUAUGCUCAAUCACGACUUAAAACCAUGGAAGAAAACGAUACCGAAAGUAUGGAUUGAGAAUCCGUCUGAAGUACGAGUGACUCAAUGGACAAACGUCAGCACUGAAAAUGGACUCGUACAAUUAAAAUUUGCUUUAUCUCCGGAACCAAGUCUAGGUAAAUGGGAAAUUAAAGUAGAGAAAACAAGAUUACAACCACAACUAAUCCAUAAUAUCGCAUUUGAAGUGAAGAAAUACGUUCUUCCGAGAUUCCAAGUAACCAUAACUUCACCGCGAUAUAUUCUCGCGGAUGCGGAGAAUGUUACAUGGAACAUAUGCGCAAAAUAUAGUUACGGCAAACCGGUCAAAGGUAAAUUAUCUUUAAAAUCGACACCUGAAAUACCAACAUGGAGACGAAAACCUAAUCUGACAGAAAUACACUAUGAAACAAAGAUGGAUUCACCGGAUGGUUGCACCGAAUUUGUAUUGUCAGGUGCUGUGCUUGGAUUGGCUCAGUGGAAAGUAGCACCGAACAAUAUCGUUCUCAUAGCUAACUUUACCGAAGCUGGCACCGGCAUAGUGGAGCAGUCAAUCAGUCAGACGGUAGUUGUGCAUCAAGCUCUGAAGCUUGAAUUUCUGCCUUACACACCCAAGUACUUUAAAUUGGGCUUACCGUAUCACGGAAAGCUGCACGUCUCGCGACAUGACGAUACUCCUGCACCUCACGAGAAAAUUCAGCUUUGCGUGCGGGUACGCGGUAAAGACGAGUGGCUUCGCGUGGUAGUGGAAUGUCGCGAUUUUAUAUCCUCGUCCGACGGGUUCGUCGACUUUGUCGUGCCACCUCCGCAUAGAAAUAUUGUCUUAUUAAGUUUCGUUGCUACCGCUAUCAACUAUCCCACUAAAUAUUACUCACCGGAUACACGUUGGCGAGUUUUUAUGGAUCAACCAUCAGCGCAUAUCGACGUAAACCCUUGGUAUUCACCAUCAGACAGUUAUUUGACCGUAGCCCAAGGAUAUCAACCAAUCAUUUGUGGUGAAAAGUACUCUUUUAAUGUUAUGUACACCGUAUCAGCAAAGAGUAAAAUCAACGAAUCAAUUUCCUUUCAUUAUUCGGUUAAUUCUAAAGGGGAUUUAUUAAUAUACGGUCAUGUAAAACACCGACCAACAAAAGACACAAUUUUAGAUUAUUCGGAAUUUCGAAACUUGUUGGGCGCUAUUGAAACGUCAGGAAAUAAAACGAAUCAAGACACUGUCAUUCACAGAUUUCCUCUCAGUGUCAAAAUCACUCCUUCUAUGGCACCUGUAUCCGAAUUGUUACUCUAUUAUGUUCGUUCGGAUGGAGAAGUUGUCGCUACUACGUACUCAAUCAAAGUGGGACCUUGUUUUCUGAAUAAAGUAAAAACUGCUUGGCACACAGAUGUUCAGACUCCAGGAACACCUACUCAAUAUCACGUGGAAGCUGGUCCUUGGUCUUUGUGUGGCAUCUCAGCAGUCGACAAAUCGACAAGUUUCUUAGGAUCUAAAGCAAAUCUUGUCGAUGCCGAUCAAACUUUUGAACAACUGAAGAGAUUUCAUAUUGAAUCUCAGCCGCGCCCUAUUUGGGACUGCAAAGCUACGACAUCACAAGGAAUUAACACCGAGGAAAUCGAUCACUUACCAAUUCCCGCAUUCCAGCUACCAUUACUUGAUCGUAGAAUAAGAAGGAGCUUAAUCAGACGCACGGAUGUAAAUUACGUGGAUGCUAUACAAGCGUUUGAUGAUUUUGGAGUUGUUGUAAUGAGCGAUUUGAUGCUCGAAACACGGCCGUGCUCCGAAAUUUAUGAUCGUUGGGAUAGAGGUAGAAGCAUGCUCUUCAAUAUACUUAUGCCGCAAGAUAUAAGAACGGAUAUGGAACAGGGAGGAAUUCAAUUCAUGAAAACAUUACCAAUGGCUUUCCCAUUAUUAAACGUGGGACCCGAGCAAGGAUAUGUUGAUCAAGUACCCAAUCCACCUGCACCUCUAAGAUCUUAUUUUCCUGAAACGUGGCUAUGGGAAUUAGUGCCGACUGGAAAGGAAGGCAAAGUGACUAUAGAACGUACUCUACCUCAUACUAUUACUGAUUGGGUCGGGUACACUACAUGCAUUUCACCUACACGUGGUCUCGGAAUAGCACCACCGAUCAGUAUCACAGGAUUUCAACCAUUCUUUCUUGAUUAUAGCUUACCUUACAGCGUAAAGCGGGGAGAAAUGUUACGUAUGAAAGUGUCUUUAUUCAAUUACAUGCAGCAUAGUUUACCAGUAACGAUUAAAUUGGAGGACGCAACAGGGCUCGACUUGCAUCUGUCGUAUGUAGCUGCCUCGUUCUGCGUAGAACCUCGGGACAGCGUGGUGCAAGAAUAUAUUCUCAGACCGCGAGUUCUCGGCGAUGUUAACAUUACAGUUUCUGCUUCGAUUGACUCAGAUUACGCAGAACCGUGUGGUCCAGAAGUACUUCUUUAUACACGGGAUGUGAUUGUAAAACCGAUACUAGUGCUACCGGAAGGAUUUCCCGUAGAAGUGACCAAAUCGGCGUUUAUCUGCCCGAAAAACUUUAGCGAUGAUUCUACUAUUAGCUGGAAUCUGGACUUGCCCAAAGAUGUAGUGCCCGAAAGCGCGAGGGCAUAUGUAUCUUUGAUAGGGAAUAUUUUGGGUCCGGCCUUUGAAAAUCUGGACAAUCUUGUUCGUUUACCAAUGGGCUGCGGUGAGCAAAACAUGGUCCUUUUUGUCCCUAACAUCUAUGUAAUCGGCUACUUAGACGCGACUGGAAUUCAGAACUCAGAGCUGAGAGCAAAAGCAGUUAAAAAUAUGAAAAAAGGAUAUCAGCGUGAGUUAAUAUACAGACAUUCAGAUGGUUCGUACUCGGCGUUUGGUUCAGACCAUUCGGAAAGUUCGAUCUGGCUCACUGCGUUUGUAAUAAAAUCGUUUGCUCAAGCAAAAAAUAUAAUUUAUAUUGAUGAGCGAGAUCUGAAAAUUUCUGUUAAAUGGAUGGUGAAGAAGCAAUUGGAAAAUGGAUGUUUUCCUGUAAUAGGCAGAGUAUUUCAUAAGGAUAUGAAGGGUGGUUUGCAAGAUGAUGAUAGUUCUUCCUCCGCGUUGACGGCGUAUAUACUGAUUUCUCUCUUAGAAUCAGGCGUACCGUUAACACCGUCGUUAAUUAAUAACGCUUUACAUUGUCUAGAAAAGGGAAUGGAGAACGGUGGUACAACAUAUACAGUAGCUUUAUCUACCUAUGCUUUGACGUUACUGGGUCAUUCUAAAGCAAAUAACAGCAUAAAAUUAUUAAUGAAUCGUGCAACGCGGAAUCCAGAUUUACUUUGGUGGGAAGACAAACACAAACCUUCACUAGGAUUGAGUAUCGAAAUGACGGCGUACGCUGUGCUAUCGUUAGUAAAAUUAGGUGGAGAAACAAACUUGGUAGAAGCGCUAAAAGCAGUCCGUUGGAUGUCAAAACAACGUAACGCGAACGGUGGCUUCACGUCUACGCAGGAUACUGUACUUGGUUUGGAGGCACUCACAAAAUACGCCACGGCAAUAUCGAGUGACACCACGGAUUCCUCGGUGCUCGUGACCGCCGACGACGUGGACCAAGUGUACAAAAUGAACAAUGACAAUCGCAUGGUCCUCAAACAGAUUCGUUUGCCUGUGAUACCUACGACAGUAGAGAUUUUUGCCGAAGGCGAAGGUUGCGUUUUAGUACAGAGUAAUUUAAAGUAUAACGUUGCACACGCGACCGGUUCCGAAGCCUUCGAUCUUUCAGUUAAUGCCGCUUCCGCGACAUUUGCGGACGAAUGCUCGAUGCAGGAAAUUACAAUUUGCACGCGAUACAAAAUGGCAGAUGGAGAAAGUAACAUGGCAUUAUUAGAAGUCAAUAUGAUAAGUGGAUAUGUUCCAGAUCGUACGAGCCUUCAUUCUUUGUUGAAAGAUUCGGGCAAAAAAGUGAAACGUUUUGAAGAGAAUCAAGGUAUGGUCACUAUUUAUUUCGACAAAUUGGUAAAUGAAAAAACAUGCAUUUCGUUUACAGUAGUCAGAGAAAAUAUCGUUGAUAAACUCGAACCAGCGAAUGUAAAACUUUAUGAUUAUUAUCAGCAGGAAUUGACGAUAUCUAAUAGCUAUAGUUUUGCGCCGAUUUGCAGCAGUGCUUUGCCGAGUGAAGACAUUAAGGUUACUGAUAUAGUGCAGGAAGUAUUUCAGUUUGAUAAAGAUACUACAAAGAAAGAGGCAAAAAAUCAAACAGUCGGAAAGGCUAUCGAGAGCGGUCAAAAUGAAAUUGAGCAGAUAGGUAAUACAACCGAGAACCCAUUGUCUAAGAAUGAUCAAACCGAGCGAUUCUUUGGCAAAGUAACGAGCGAAAAGUCGAUAAAUGAUUUACAAUCCAGGAAAAACGAAGAUGUUUCUUUUGUGCAAAAUUCUAAUCUCAAACUGAACACUGACGAUAUUGUUUCAAAUAUUCGUGACAACAAUGGCGUCGUAGCUGGUAACAUAUCACAAACGGAAUCUGGAAGCGGUCAAAUACCAGAUGAGCCGGACAUCAAUUUAAAUCCCGUGUUUGACAGACUCGGACCUCCUAACAUAGACUUUGAAGAUAUGGAGAUGUCUGCUAAGCAAAAUCAAGAUUCUUUUCCAGCAAAUUUUGAUGGAAAUCCACAUUUUGUUGUAAUUGAUGAUCAUGAAUUAGAGACUCCUGACGGCAUCGAAGGGCCUGUAUCAGUAUCGGUAAAACCAGAUAUAAAUUUUGACAGCGUUCAAGAAAAAGAAGCGAAUAUUAAUAACGCGCAAUCACAAACAUUAGUUCCAGCAUCUCUUCGUUUAAAUGAGUCUUGCCCUGUAUGCGCUGACAAAUUACCGUCGAAUAUUAACAAUAUUUAUUGUUCUGCUAGUGCUGUUGUAAAAGCGGCUGUCAGACGAUUACGAAAAGUUAGACUUCUCUUAGAUAUACAACCGUCACACGAAGUUAAACGUCUGCGUUCAACGAUGGCUUUUGUCUUAAAUCCUAGUUGUUCUUGUCCGCCUUUAGAUAACCCUGGAAGUCUAGCAUUGCUGAUACAUUUUGGAAACAGCGAGUUUGCCAAACACUCUCACAGUCGACAUAUUUUAGAUCAGCAGAUUUCUAUAUACGGAUUACCAUCAAUUGGUGGUGUUCCAAAUGAAAUUACGGACGCCCGAACAACGUGUGCGAGUCAAAAGAAUACCACAUCUCUCAAUCUUCCAAUAGCUGGUUGAUAUUCAACAUUUUGAUGUGGAAAUAUAUUGAAUAAGAAAAUAACGUGAUAUAUCGUAUCAGUGUAAAACUUAUUAUUAACCUAAAGGUUAAUUAUUUAAUUCCGAAGACAAUCUCUCUAAUAUACAUAAAACAGAACGUUUUUACUACAGCAAUAUAAAUUGCACAUAUGUACACGA